GCAAGAAUGAGAAAACGCCGAAUAGUGUAGAGUGCAGUGUGUCAAUUCACAUACCGAGAAGCGCGGUGCGAGGAACCAGGCAAGACCUAACAAUUCACUUCACUUUUUACACAUCUCUUCGGAUUUCUCUAGAAGCACAAGGAAACAUUUGGACAAAAAGGAACACUCUGCUCUAUCACUGCAACAUGACUCUGGAAGACGAUGGGUUGGGCCGCCUCUAGUCCUGCCAGUGUACCUGUUUCCUCAUGUCUGAAGAUUCUGAGCCCAAGGCGUACAUGUACUCGGCCCUCGAAGGGCAGGAUGGGGGAAGCCACCACCCAUUUGGGGAGGGGAGCACAGCGGGCCGUGGCUCCAUGGGACAGCUGCACCUGAUGAGCGGCUUUGCCGAGGGACGGGGCCGUGGGCGGGCCGGGUCAGAGCUGGGUCUCGCAUCUGAGGGCAGCGACAGCAGCAGCCAGGACCACGGCGCCUCGCCCCAUGGCGACAGGAAGAGAGCACGCUCACUGCAUGAGGACGUGGACAUGAAGAGCAGUGGCUCCAGCGGAAGCGGCACCGAGUCCCACAGCAAUGAAUCCCACGGCAACGAGUCCCGUGGCAACGAGUCUCACGGCAACGAGUCUCAUGGAAACGAGUCUCUGGGCAGCUCCAACAGCAACAGCAAGGACUCUGCCCUGCUAGAGUCAUCUGGGAGCAAUAAAAGCUCCAACUCCCACAGUCCUUCACCCCCGAGCAGCUCCAAUGCCUUCAGUCUUUUGAGUGCCAGCUCUGAGCAAGACAACCCAUCCACCAGUGGCUGCAGUAGCGAAGAGUCCACUAAGGCCAAGACGCAAAAGGAGCUGAUCAAGACGCUGAAGGAGCUGAAGCGCCACCUGCCCUCGGAGAAGAGGAACAAGCGCAGCACAUCCAGUACCCUCAACACACUCAAGUAUGCCCUGCACUGCGUCAAGCAGGUCAAAGCCAAUGAGGAGUACUACCAGAUGCUGAUGACCAAUGACAGCCACCCAUUGGGUUUGGAUGUUUCCUCUUACACCAUUGAGGAGAUCGACAGCAUCACCUCCGAGUACACCCUCAAAAACACGGACAUCUUUGCCGUCACCGUGUCCCUCAUAACGGGGAAGAUCGUUUACAUCUCAGACCAGGCGGCCUCCAUCCUGAACUGCAAGCGGGGCGUCUUCAAGAAUAGCAAGUUCGUGGAGUUCCUGAGUCCCCAGGAUGUCAGCGUCUUCUACAGCUUCACCACGCCCUACCGCCUUCCCUCCUGGAGCGUGUGUACCGGAGCAGAGUCUUCCCCCUCUGAUUGCCUGCAGGAGAAGUCUUUCUUCUGCCGAAUCAGUGGGGGCCGGGAGCACGAGGGGGACCUGCGGUACUUCCCCUUUCGCAUGACACCAUACCUGAUGAAGGUGCAGGACAUGGAGCGUGCGGAGGACCAGUUCUGUUGCCUGCUGCUGGCCGAGAGGGUGCACUCUGGAUACGAAGCUCCGAGAAUUCCCACAGACAAGCGGAUUUUCACCACCACGCACUCGCCAAACUGUGUCUUCCAGGACGUGGAUGAAAGGGCUGUCCCUCUGCUGGGGUACCUGCCACAGGACCUCAUUGGGACCCCAGUCCUCCUACACCUGCACCCAAGUGACAGGCCCAUCAUGCUGGGUGUCCACAGGAAGAUCCUCCAGUUUGGCGGCCAGCCCUUUGACCACUCCUCCAUCCGGUUCUGCACCCGCAACGGGGAAUACGUCACCCUGGACACCAGCUGGUCCAGCUUCGUCAACCCCUGGAGCCGCAAGGUGUCCUUCAUCAUCGGCCGACACAAAGUCCGCAUGGGUCCUGUGAACGAGGACGUGUUCACACCGCCACCCUUUGCCGAGGGGAAGACCAUGGACCCGGACAUCCUGGAGAUCACCGAGCACAUUCACAGGCUCCUGUUGCAGCCCAUCCACAGCUGCAGCUCAGGAUCCUACGGGGAACAGCUGCUGAACGUGGAGAGAGUUUCUGGAGAGAGCAGCAGCAGCAGGGGCAGGCCGGAGGAGGUCGAGGCUGAGCAGGCCAAGCCACGCACGUUUCAGGAGAUCUGCAAGGACAUCCACUCGCAGAAGAACCCACAGCAGCAGAUCGUCACGUCCAUCUCGGCCAAGGUCGAAACAAAAAGAAGCCCUGGUGCAGGAACCCAGCAGAAGAGCCCAGCGGCAAGGCCCAAAGCAGGAACUCUUAGCUGGAAGGAGGACUUUGUCAGGCUGGAGGACCGUCCCUCAAGGCCAGACGAGCUCUCCUAUAAGGACCAGACCAUCAAUUCCUACCAACAGCUCAGCUGCCUGGACAGCGUCAUCAGGUACCUGGACGGUUGCAACAUCCCUGUCACCGUGAAACGGAAGUGCCAAUCAUCCUCCAAUACCACCUCGUCCAACUCUGAUGAGGACAGGCAAAAACCGUCCAGCAAUCCCCUACCUGGGUCCAAAGAUGCUGCACUUAUAGAGGCAGAUGGCCAGCUAUCCUCCAUCAAGGAGCCGAAGAAGGCAGACAGCGGGGCAGUAGUGGGGUCCUCACUGGCGCCGCUAGCCCUGCCCAGUAAGGCAGAGAGUGUAGUGUCCAUCACCAGCCAGUGUAGCUACAGCAGCACCAUCGUCCAUGUGGGUGAUAAAAAGCCCCAGCCUGACUCAGAGAUCAUCGAGGAUGUCACUGGCUCGGGAGAGGCCACGGAGGCCCUCGCCCCUGUGCCACCCCCCAAUGCAGUAUCAUCCCCAAGCCAGGAGAGGGAGCCAUACAAAAAGCUGGGCCUGACUAAACAGGUUCUUGCAGCGCACACGCAAAAAGAAGAGCAGACCUUCCUGUGCCGCUUCCGCGAGCUACGUGGCGUCCGAGCGGACUGCUCCCCCUACCUGGACCGACAACGGAGCGUAAACGGAGGCCCCACCCCUGUAGUGAACGAGCAGGGUGUGGCUGGCACGGAGGCCGUGCCCCGGGCGGGAGGGACGGGCGCGCCCAGGAAGGGCGGCCGCAACAAGAAGACUAAAUGGAAGAGGGCUAAGAAGCAGGAGUCGUCGGACAGCACAGCGUCCCAUGGACAGCAGCCCCCCCGCGCCCCCCUGGCCAGCCUGCAGCAGACGUCCUGGUCCACGUCUGACACGUCACAGUCGGCCUUCCCCAUGCCCGCCUACCCUGCCGUCAUGCCCACCUACCCUGCCGUCCUGCCCACCUACCCCCUGCAGCUGUUCUCGGGGCCCAGGGCAGACCCGGCUGUGUCCAGCUUGGGGGAGAACCAGUGCGGUCAGGACCCUCGCUGCCCAGUCCCCCCCUCACCCUACACUGCCCCAAUGGUCACACCAGUGGUGGCCCUGGUGCUGCCCAAUUACGUAUUCCCUCAGAUAGGGGGCGCUCCACAGCAGCCCUUCUACCCCGAGGCGGCCUCCUUUCCACUCCAGCCUACAUUCCCUCCGCAGCCGCAGUUCCCUCCCCUGGCGGCGUUCCCAGCCCCGCCCACCUUCCCUCCGCAGCCGCAGUUCCCUCCCCAGGCGGCGUUCCCAGCCCCUCCCACCUUCCCUCAGCAGCCGCAGUUCCCUCCCCAGGCGGCGUUCCCAGCCCCGCCCACCUUCCCUCCGCAGCCGCAGUUCCCUCCCCAGGGGAUGUUCGCGGCCCCGCUGUUCCAAUAUGGGGCCCCAGCCGAGUCCCCCAAGGCUCCAGUGGCAGGGUCCCGCUCCUCCACGCCCCAGUCGACGCGCGACCAGGCCUCGCCGCCCCUCUUCCAGUCCCGCUGCAGCUCGCCACUGCAGCUCAAUCUGCUGCAGCUGGAGGAAAGCCAGCGUUCCCUGGAGUGCCAGGAGGGAGCGGCGCCCUCUGGUGGAACGCAGGGGAACAACGUGGGAGAGAGGGGAAGCAGUCCUCCCAAAGCCGACAAGGAGCUCCAGCCGGUGAGCCCCGUAUGUGAGGGACACUACAGCGAUGGGCACUCCUCCUCCAGCGACCUGUUGGACAUCCUGCUGCAGGAGGACUCCCGUUCUGGGACUGGCUCGGCCACCUCAGGCUCGCUGGGCUCCGGGUCCAAUGGGUGCGGCAGAGGGAGCAGCCACACCAGCAACAACAGCAGCAAAUACUUUGGCAGUGUAGACUCGUCACAGACCAGCCAGCAGGGGGCGACGGUGCACAACAAUGAGGUCAAAGACCCUGCGGGCGGAGCACGCUUCAAAUAUGUUCUGCAGGACCCCCACUGGCUUCUCAUGGCCAACGCGGGUCAGGCCGUCAUGAUGACUUACCAGCUGCCCUCACGGGACACCCAGAAGGUGCUGAGGCAGGACCGAGAGAAACUGCGGCGCAUGCAGAAGCGCCAGCCACACUUCACUGAGGACCAGAAGAAAGAGCUGAUGGAGGUACAUCCAUGGAUGAAGAAAGGAGGUCUACCCAAAGCCAUUGAUGUGCAGGCCUGCAUGUGCUGUGAAGAAAUCGGUUCAGCCCUGAUCGAGGAGGAGCCCCCGGACCUGGACUUGGGAGACACAAGUGACGGGCCCACCCAGAAGGGCAGUGAGGGCACACCACUGGCCAGUGCCAGCCCAUUGGCCACCUGAGGUGCCACCCACCACCACAGAACUGCUCACCCCCUCACUCUUCACUGCCACAGGAAUCCAGCCAUGAGGACAUAACAGGCCCUCUCAUACACCUCAAGCCUAAGUGAGGUGAACGUAAAAUGUAGCUGUGUGACAGGACAGGGCUUUAACAAAACACAGAUCAUGCUGCUAGGCAACGAGGGAGAAGCGUGGCAGCGGGCUGGCUCUCGAUAUGCUGCCGCACAUGCGGAGGAUGACCGACCACCCCCCACCCCCCGUUUGAACUGUUUGUGGGAGGGAGGGGGGGGGGCCACCAGCUAGCAGGAUAAUGUCAGUUGUCUAAAAUAUGGUGAUCCAUAACAGAAUAUUAAUUUAUCCAGAUUCACCAUGUCAAAUUCCUCACUCUCUGGUCUUUGAGUUUUUCGUUAGAAGGAGAAAAUGGAAACAUUUGUUGCGUUUGAACUGUCCGAAUCGAACUCCAACACGUGUGACCUGGCGUGAGUGAUCUGGUCUUUUUUAGUCACAUUUUCUAUGUCCAGUGCAAAUAUUUUUCCAGAAACGCAGCACCUCUGUGUCCUGAUAUGUGGGACUUUCUACUCUUUCUUGAGCUUUUAUUUAUCCAGAUAGAACAUUCAGGAACUGCAAAGCACACGUCAGUAAAAGGAGGAAGACUUUGUCUUCAGGCGGUUCAAACAGGUAUAAAUAAUAUAUAUUUUUAUAAAUAAAAAUUUAAAAACUAAAUAAAAUUAUUCCCUGGAAAAAAAUGCAAGAGCAUUCAGCCCCGUUGUCUAUGUUGUGUUGUCCUAAAUGUCUUUGCAUACAGUGUAAUGUUGGUGGUGUAUGGGGACCAACCUUAUGUUAAGGAGUUCAGAGAACCCAGAAUCAACCGUUACAGUCAGAAAAAAAAUGGCCAAAGGUCAGAGUAUCUUAUCCUGAUCCUCUCCUUUAACAGCUAGUCCCUAUUUAGGGAUAAGGUGAAUACCCAGUGAAAAGUGGCAUCCAGUUAAGAGGCUGUCUUGCCAUGACUCUUAAUCCAAGACUGGAUACUUCUGCUGGAAAGCAUUGUAGUGACCAUUGUACUUUUGUGAUUUUGCUUGUUUCAUUCCCAGCUUUUUCUGAGGUAGUUUGUCUGCCCCGUCCCCCAUGACCUGCUCUAUGAUUGUGUGGAGUGUAUUUAAAAGAAGUUUUGUGUACAUUUACUGUUCUAUGUUGCCAAGACACACAACAGUGAAACAUCACCUUAAAUGGAUUUCUGUCUACCUGCACAUUUUUAAACAAACGUUUUGGUGCUUAUUUACUUGUAUUUGUUUUUAUUGCUUGAUAGACAAUGGGGAUGUUUCUUCUUAUUUUAAAGACAUAUUGUCAUGAGAUGUGAACAUUCUUCAUAAGCAAGAACUGUAAUUAAACUUAUUUUAAAUAUAUUCAA